AUGGUUUUCCAGCACUCUUCCAUGAUGAAAUCGCAGCACUGUGCAGACAGGUGCUGUGAGUGCCUGAGGUGCUGCGGGAGGAGGGAGCCGCGGCCUCGGACGGUCUGGCUCGGCCACCCGGAGAAGAGAGACCAGAGAUACCCUCGCAAUGUCAUCAACAACCAGAAGUACAACUUCUUUACCUUUCUCCCUGGGGUGCUGUUUAACCAGUUCAAAUACUUCUUCAACCUUUAUUUCUUGCUCUUGGCCUGCUCUCAGUUCGUGGUUGAGAUGAGGCUUGGUGCACUUUACACAUACUGGGUUCCUCUGGGGUUUGUGCUGGCUGUCACCGUGAUCCGCGAGGCGGCCGAGGAGAUCCGAUGCUACAUGCGGGACAAGGAAGUGAACUCGCAGAUCUACAGCAAGCUCACAGCCAGAGGGACUGUCAAGGUGAAGAGCUCAAACAUCCAAGUGGGUGACCUCAUCAUUGUGGAAAAGAACCAGAGGGUCCCUGCUGACAUGAUCUUCCUGAGGACGUCGGAGAAGAAUGGCUCCUGCUUCCUCCGCACGGACCAGCUGGACGGGGAGACGGACUGGAAGCUGCGGCUGCCCGUCACCUGCACCCAGCGCCUGCCCACGGCCUCUGACCUGCUGCAAAUCCGCUCCUACGUCUACGCAGAAGAGCCCAACAUUGACAUCCACAACUUCGUGGGGACCUUCACCAGGGAGGACAGUGACCCUCCAGUAAAUGAAAGUUUAAGCAUAGAAAACACCCUGUGGGCCAGCACAGUGAUUGCAUCAGGUACUGUGGUGGGAGUUGUCCUCUACACGGGCAGGGAGCUGCGCAGUGUGAUGAAUACUAUUGGCCUCUUCGACCUGGAGGUGAACUGUCUCACCAAGAUCCUGUUUGGGGCUCUGGUGGUGGUGUCCCUGGUCAUGGUGGCCCUGCAGCACUUUGCAGGCCGUUGGUACCUGCAGAUCAUCAGGUUCCUGCUGCUGUUCUCCAACAUCAUUCCCAUCAGUUUACGUGUGAAUCUGGACAUGGGGAAGAUCGUGUACAGCUGGGUGAUCCGCAGAGAUUCCAAAAUCCCUGGCACUGUGGUGUGCUGAGGUGUGCUGGGGAAUGGGGUGGUGUUCCCCUCCAUGGUGCUGCUUUUCCCAGGGACUCUCACCCAGAAUGAGAUGGUUUUCAAGAGGCUCCACCUGGGAACGGUGGCCUACGGCCUGGACUCCAUGGACGAGGUGCAGAGCCACAUAUUCAGCAUUUACACACAGCAGCCCCAGGAGCCCCCGGCCGUGAAGGGGCUGUCUCUGGCCACCAAGGUGCGGCGCACCAUGAGCAGCCGCGUGCACGAGGCCGUCAAGGCCAUCGCGCUGUGCCACAACGUCACCCCCGUCUACGAGUCCAACGGCGUCACCGACCAGGCCGAGGCCGAGCGCCACUACGAGGACUCCUGCCGGGUGUACCAGGCCUCCAGCCCCGACGAGGUGGCCCUGGUGCAGUGGACAGAGAGCGUGGGUUUGACUCUGGUGGGCAGAGACCAGUCCUCAGUGCAGCUGAGGAGCCCAGGGGGGCACAUCCUCAACUUCACCAUCCUGCAGAUCUUCCCCUUCACCUACGAGAGCAAGCGCAUGGGCAUCAUCGUGAGGGAUGAAUCCACAGGAGAGAUCACGUUCUACAUGAAGGGGGCAGACGUGGUGAUGGCUGGAAUCGUGCAGUACAACGACUGGCUGGAGGAGGAGUGUGGUAACAUGGCUCGGGAGGGCCUGAGGGUUCUUGUCGUGGCCAAGAAGUCUCUGACAGAAGAGCAGUAUCAAGACUUUGAAGCUCGCUACGUCCAGGCCAAGCUGAGCGUGCACGACCGCUCCCUCAAGGUGGCCACGGUCAUCGAGAGCCUGGAGAUGGAGAUGGAGCUGCUGUGUCUCACUGGGGUGGAGGAUCAGCUGCAGACAGACGUCAGGCCCACGCUGGAGACGCUGAGGAACGCUGGCAUUAAGGUGUGGAUGCUGACGGGGGAUAAGCUGGAGACAGCCACGUGUACAGCCAAGAACGCCCAUCUGGUGACACGGACACAGGACAUCCAUAUAUUCAGACUAGUGACAAACCGAGGAGAAGCCCACCUGGAGCUGAACGCCUUCCGCCGCAAGCACGACUGUGCCCUCGUCAUCUCGGGGGACUCGCUGGAGGUGUGCCUCAAGUACUACGAGUACGAGUUCAUGGAGCUGGCGUGCCAGUGCCCCGCUGUCGUGUGCUGCCGCUGCGCCCCCACGCAGAAAGCCCAGAUCGUGCGGCUGCUGCAGGAGAGGACGGGCAAGCUCACCUGUGCCGUGGGUGAUGGAGGGAACGAUGUGAGCAUGAUCCAGGAGGCUGACUGUGGUGUUGGAGUUGAAGGAAAGGAAGGGAAGCAGGCAUCGCUGGCAGCUGAUUUCUCCAUCACUCAGUUCAAGCACCUGGGUCGUUUGCUCAUGGUCCAUGGAAGGAACAGCUACAAGAGGUCUGCAGCCCUCAGCCAGUUUGUGAUCCACAGGAGCCUCUGCAUCAGCACCAUGCAGGCUGUUUUCUCAUCAGUGUUUUACUUUGCUUCAGUUCCUCUCUACCAAGGCUUCCUCAUCAUUGGGUACUCCACAAUUUACACCAUGUUUCCUGUGUUUUCUCUUGUCCUGGACAAGGAUGUGAAAUCUGAAGUUGCAAUGUUGUACCCAGAGCUCUACAAAGAUCUUCUUAAGGGUCGACCGUUGUCAUACAAAACGUUUUUAAUCUGGGUCUUGAUAAGCAUUUAUCAAGGCAGCAUCAUCAUGUAUGGAGCACUCCUCCUCUUUGAAUCGGAAUUUGUGCACAUUGUUGCCAUUUCCUUCACGUCCCUGAUUCUCACCGAGCUGCUGAUGGUGGCACUGACAAUCCAGACGUGGCACUGGCUGAUGAUCGUGGCUGAGCUGCUCAGCCUCUCCUGCUACAUCGCUUCCCUGGUCUUCUUGCACGAGUUUAUUGAUGUUUACUUCAUUGCCACCUUGUCGUUCCUGUGGAAGGUCACUGUCAUCACCCUGGUCAGCUGCCUGCCCCUCUACGUCCUCAAGUACCUGAGACGGAGGUUUUCUCCCCCCAGCUACUCGAAGCUCACGUCCUAGGGCUGCUCCUGGCCCACAGAGACAGACAUUGCCCAGAGACACCCCCAGCUGUCCGUCCCCACCAGGAGCCCGUGGUAAUCUCUGUUACCUGCUGCUGUAGUGAGACACUUCAGACUGCCCUGAACGGCAACCCAGCACCAGAAGAGUUUGCAGGGUGGAGGCUCUGAGCUCAUCCAGUUCUUGGCACUUUUGUUCUACUUACCUGGGGUCAAAUGCAUGGAACUGCGAUGGCAAUGGGUUUCUCUUGCAUGGUUCGAGGUCUGUGGAAGCUGCUACCUGACCUUGGGAUUUACAUUUGACAAUUUAAAGUGAAUUUUUUAAGUGUCUGCGCUGUCCUUUGCGUUGUGUUACAUUUUUUUAUGUUAUUCAUCUUUUUGAUUUCAAGUAGUCACAUUCUUUUUACAUCUUGGAAAUCCCUUAAUGUAGGUGAUGCACUGCACUGCUGACAGCUGAUUCCUGAUUUAUGGCAUGUUGUUUCCAUAAUGGGGCUCCAGCCUGUCGGAUCUACACACACUGGAGAAUCUGAGCGUGUCUGAGAUUUUCCUUCCGCUGAAACGUGGUCACCCCAGUGAUUUUGGAGGUAUCCAGCCAUUGAUAAAGGCUCUUUUUGGGAGCUCAAAACGAGAAAAUUCAGUUUUGUUUAGCUUUUGUGCUUCCUGUUAAAAGGAGCCGGUGACAUAGUAGUUUUACUCUGUAUUUAUUUGUGUAGGAGAAAAUUAUCUAAACUAAGGCAAAUCCUCUUUGGAACAGAACUUUGCAGUUGAUCAUCCUUGAAAUGUGUCGACAACGUGAGAAGAGACUCGUACUGUUCUGCAGACAAUGUGGCAGACGUGUCUUGAAUCCUUGGAGACUGAAAGGAGAGGUCACAGAGCUGCUACUCCUCACAGCUCCAUGAAAUCUGUUUCCUGUUAGUGUGAAACUUUGAGGAUGAGCUGCAAAUAAGCAGAGGCACUCCUAGGUGGAUGUUUUAAUGACGUGCUCCCUGCAGGGAGGCAGUUUCUGGAGCCUUGCACUUGCUUGGUUCUAAAAACCAAACCUGAAUCACAGGAGUGGGCUCAUACAAGGCAUUAGGCUUGUGUGCAGAGCAAAUUUAUGUGCUUUUUGUUUUCAAAAAUUCAACUCAAUGAGUUCUGUCAUUAUUACAAGCUUUGGUCUACAUUAUCAUGAGGAGAGCAACAAGUGCUUGGGCUUCUCAGCAGAAGGACAGAGAUGUUCAGGGACCUUUUGGAGCUGGGUUGAUGCAUCAGACACGGAUGGGCCUUUAGUGGCAGCCAUCCUUGUCUAAGGCUCUUCAGUCUGUGCUAAAUUAGUUAUUUGCUGUCUUCUUCCCACAUCAGAGAAACCACGGGUGGAGCUGGCACUGCUUGGUGCUGUUGUUCCCUGGCUGCACAGGAGGGAAAGAGCCCAGAGCCUGAGCUCCUGUCCCAGAGCCUGAGCUCCUGUCCCAGAGCCUGAGCUCCUGCCCCAGAGCCUGAGCUCCUGCCCCAGAGCCUGAGCUCCUGCCCCAGGGCAGAGCCUGAGCUCCUGUCCCAGAGCCUGAGCUCCUGUCCCAGGGCAGAGCCUGAGCUCCUUUCUGGGAGUUGUGCUCACAGCCUCCUGUCAAUCAAUGCUGUUUUUCCAGAAAGAUCCCUUAACAUUGUCUUCAUCAGGACUAGAUGG